CCCAAAUUUAAUACUAAAACACAUUUGCCAUUUUUCAAACCACAAUUAAACCUCCGUUCUUCUCCAAAUCUCCCUCCUCCCUGAGCCCGAAUUUACAAAACCUAAGAGAAAGAGAUAUAGAGAAGGAGGAACUCAAGUGGGAGAGGCGAUGCGAUCGUGGUGGCUGCAGCUUCGGGGCAGCCCAUACUCGGCGGUUCUGACGGUGGUGGAGGAGGAAGACGAAUCAGGUCGUUAAUGGCCUAUUUGCAAAUGAAUUGGCAGCCCAACCUGCUUAGCCACAAACGCAAGACUGGUCCUCCUUUAGGGCUUAAAAACCUCGGCAAUACCUGUUAUAUCAACUCCGUUCUUCAGUGCCUUACUUAUACCCCUCCUCUUGCUUAUUUCUGCCUCAAAUCUCAACAUUCCGCUUCUUGUGAUUCUGAAGCUGCAGCUGCUUCAGGGAAGAAAAGUGAAUGUCCUUUUUGUAUAUUAGAGAAGAGAAUAGCUAGGUCUUUGAGUCUUGAAUCAGCACUAGAUACUCCGGCCAAGAUUAAUAGUUGCUUAAAGAUUUUUGCCCAGCAUUUUAGGUUUGGGAGGCAGGAGGAUGCUCAUGAAUUCUUGCGAUAUGUCAUUGACGCCUGUCACAAUACGUGUUUGCGGUUGAAGAAGUUGCAGCAGCAGACAAAGAAGGGUGGUGGAGGUGGUGUUGAUGGGAAUGGGAAUACCAUUGUUAAGGAGAUCUUUGGGGGUGCUCUGCAGAGCCAGGUCAAGUGUUUGUCAUGUGGUGCUGAGUCAAAUAAGGUGGAUGAGAUUAUGGAUAUAAGUCUUGAUGUGUUGCACAGUAGCUCACUCAAAGAUGCUUUGCAGAGAUUUUUUCAGCCUGAGGUUUUGGAUGGAAACAACAAGUACAAGUGUGAGAACUGUAAGAAAUUGGUGACAGCAAGGAAGCAAAUGUCAAUUCUUCAAGCACCAAAUGUUCUUGUCAUUCAGCUCAAGAGGUUUGAAGGAAUAUAUGGUGGGAAGAUUGAUAAGCCCAUUGCAUUUGAGGAGGUUCUAGUGCUUUCAAGCUACAUGUGCAAAGCGAGCCAGGAUCUGCAUCCAGAGUACAAUCUUUUUGGAACUAUUGUCCACUCAGGCUUUUCACCAGAUUCAGGGCACUAUUAUGCAUAUAUUAAGGAUGCUGUGGGUCGUUGGUACUGCUGUAAUGAUUCUCACGUUUCUCCUAAAAUCUUGCAAGAAGUGUUGUCGGAGAAGGUGUACAUCCUUUUCUUCUCUCGUACCAAACAGAGGUCACCACCCACCAAGACAUGUUUAUCAAUUAAUGGGUCAAAAUCCAAUCACUCCAAUGGCUUGGCUAAAUCCAAAAUCAUGACCAGUGACUUAGCAAAAGCAGAAAACGAAAAGCAAGUUUUAGGCCACCCCUCCGAGAAAGAAAAUGUAAUGACGUCUAAGGUCAGUAAAGUGCAUUCGAGCCCAGUGAGAGAGUUGGGCAUAUUUGAAAGAUCUUCCUUCAAGAGACCUACCUCUGGUAAUAUCAAAAUGGUUUUUCAUUCAAAAGAGUCUGGCAAUAGAACUGGUGAUGUGAGAGCAUCAGUUCUUACAGAGAAAGAGAUUACAUCAUUACCAGACAGGAAUGGUGUUAGCAAAAGUUGUGGUAAUGGCCAAGUGACAAGAUCACAUGCCUUAACAAAUGGAAAUGGAAAUGGAAAACUUCCAAUUGUAGCAACCAGCCCUGUAGCAGACGGUCCCCUUAAAGAUUAUAGUGGAAGUAAUGGAAAGGCUGCAGGAAAGGAUUCAUACCACAAAGAGGUGACUAGAUCAUCAUCUUUAGCAAAUGGAAAUGGCAAAAUCCAAAGUGUUGCAACGGAUACCUCGAGGGGAAGUCUGCAUAGAAAUAAUGGGGAGAAUAGUGAAAGCCUGGCAGCAAUAACUUCUGCAUACAGGGAUACAUCCAAUGGCCAUGUUGAAUCGUCUUCUAUCUCAGGUUCAAAGAGAAAAUUAUCAGAUCAAUGCAUCCUGCUCGAGUAUGAUGCUCAGUCUCGUGCAAAGGUGGAAGAAUUGAAAAAAGAGCUCCAUCAGGAAGCUUCAUCAUUUCUAAGAACAUGUGGUUGGUCAGAAGAAGUCUAUGCUUUUAUGCGUUCCAAGAAGUCGGGGGCACAAUCAACCUUUCAAGCAUCAGAUGUUAAUGCGAUGAAGGAGUUGUUGAUUGCAGAUGCCAAAUCAAUGUUUAUCUCACAAAUUCCUCAAUCAUUGAAGGGCAGUCUUAUUGAACGUCUAACAUCAUUUAGUCAAGGAACACCACCCUCCAGUACCUAAGCACACUUGGACAUGGUAUGUGCAGAAGCAGAGUGGUCUUUUCAGGUUUUAAGGUGCACAAAUCAUGUGAAUUACCCUUGAAAAUUUUGCAGUCCAUUGACGAAGGUGCUGAUUUUCUUGGCCUGUAUUCUUUGUCACUUGGAGAUGGGAUGUCUGUUUGCGCAGACGAGUAAAAGUUGUCCUUGAUUUUCUCCACUCAGCUGUACUGUAUCACCAAAUGUGUUCAAUCAGGUAAAAGAGGAAAUCAAAGUGGCAACAUCUUAUUCUGGUAGACAUUUUGUUGAGAGUCAGGAGAGCCUAUAGAAGAAGCGUAAAUUCCUUUUGUGAUGUAUGAUAUAUGUCCUUUUUGGCUGUAGUUUAGCAUGUAAUCCUCAUUUUAUGGAUGCUUACCAAUUUUUUUCCAUAAAAUUGUGGUCGGGGUUGUAUUGUUGAAUCUAGAGUUGAGGUUUUACUUUUGAACAUACAUACAUACAUUAUAGUACCAUCCAUCAUCAGAUAAUUGUUGAAGGAAUUCCAUAUUCAUAGAUUUGUAUCUCA